AUGGCGGGAGGCAAAAUCAGGAAAGAGAGGCCCCAGAGAGGCGGCGGCAGCGGCGGCGCCACCCACUUUCAGGGAGGAAUCCCGUUCCACAAGUCGAAAGGCCAGCAUAUACUGAAGAACCCUCUCCUGGUCGACUCAAUCGUCCAGAAAUCCGGCAUAAAACACACCGACACCAUCCUCGAGAUCGGUCCCGGUACUGGAAAUCUCACGAAGAAGCUUCUCGAAGCCGGUAAAUGCGUCAUCGCCGUCGAGCUCGACCCGCGCAUGGUGCUCGAGCUGCAGCGCCGCUUCCAAGGAACCCCCUACUCCAGCCGAUUGAAGGUCAUCCAAGGCGACGUCCUUAAAUGCGAUCUCCCUUACUUCGACAUCUGCGUCGCCAACAUCCCCUACCAGAUCUCCUCGCCGCUCACCUUCAAAUUGCUGUCUCACCGCCCGCUGUUCCGGUGCGCGGUGAUCAUGUUCCAGCGGGAAUUCGCGAUGCGGCUCGUCGCUCAGCCCGGCGACAGCCUGUACUGCCGCCUCUCCGUUAACACGCAGCUUCUGGCUAGGGUUAAUCAUCUGCUCAAGGUCGGGAGGAACAAUUUCCGGCCGCCGCCAAAGGUCGAUUCCUCCGUCGUCAGAAUCGAGCCGAGGAAGCCGCUGCCGCCGGUGAAUUUCAAGGAGUGGGACGGACUGGUUCGCAUCUGCUUUAAUCGGAAGAACAAAACCCUAGGCGCGUUGUUCAGGCAGAAGGGGAUUCUCGCGUUGCUUGAGAAGAAUUUCAAGACGCUGCAAGCGUUGCAGAUGAAAUCAGAUGGAUUCGAUCAGGAUGCCGAGAUUGCGCAGAGCUUAUCUGCUUUGGGGAAUACAUUGGGGGAUAUGAGCAUUGAUGCUGAUGCUGAGGAAGAAGGGAAAGACUACGACGAUGAUGAUAUGGAGAUGGAUGAUGGAGGAGAUGCGAAGGGCUCUGAUUUUAAAAACAAGAUUUUGGGGGUUUUGAAAUCGGGUGAUUUUGAGGAUAAAAGGGCCUCAAAACUUGCUCAAGCUGAUUUCAUGCAUCUACUUUCCUUGUUUAAUAAGGCUGGAAUUCACUUUUCUUAAUAAGAUUUUUGGUUGCGUUUUUGUUUUUUCUUAGUUUUGUUUAAAUUGGAGAAUCUCUUAGUCUAUCACAUACGUUUGAUUUAUUAUUUCUGUGUGUUGGUAAAUAUUUGUUGUGUUUUCAUUGUAAUGAUUCUUUGUUUUUGGGUGAGUAAAGCAUGAUAGUGUAGUGUUUGGUGAUC